CUCUUCCAGUUUCGCCCUCUUCCCUCCCAAUUAUUUCAUUAUUAUGCUUCCCUCUCUGGGGGGUCUCGUCCCUCUCAGGUCGCUCGGAAGCCUUGGCCUCCCUUGGAUGCAUUUCUUAAAAAUUUUGGAGCCUGGGAGUGAGUUUUCUCUGAGGCGUGUGUGAGAGGCGGCGGGGGUGUUUUCCUGCGCGAGGGGCGGGUGAAGUUCAUUGCCCCCACUUUCCCGCGACCUUUUCGGACCCGGUUUCGAAUCGGGGGGCCGGCGUUUUUUCGGGGGGCGGGGGGCGCGGCGGAGAAUGGCCGCGGGGAGGGCUCCCCGGAGCCUCCCAGUCUCUUGAUCAAAGCAUUCCGCUAUUCUGAUUUAUUGCCUGCUUGGUGAGUUAUUUUUUUUGCCUCUAAAGGAGACCUGUGUGUUCAGCCAUUACUUUGCUCGGCGCUGCUCACAGGAAUCUCCGACCCGCGGUGCUGUGGGGAGCCCCGCACUUGGGCUCCUCGCCUCUCGCCCUCGCUCCCGUCCCUCCUCCCUCUCUCCGCCCCUUCCCCCUUCUCUUUCUCCUCUCUUUCUUCCCCUCUCUCCCUUCUUUCGGCCGCCGUCUCCCCCGCGCCCUCCACGGGGCGGAGGGAAGCCGAGGAGGGGGAGGGAGGGGUUGGUGUCAAUUUUUUUGUGUGGCCGCGGCCGGAGCCUGUGGCGGGCGGGCGGCAAGCGGGGAGACCCCGGCGCGGCAGAGCCAUGGAUGGCCCGACGCGGGGCCAUGGACUCCGCAAAAAGCGGCGGUCGCGGUCGCAGCGAGACCGGGAGAGGCGCUCCCGGGGCGGGCUGGGGGCCGGCGCGGCCGGCGGCGGCGGGGCCGGCCGGACCCGGGCGCCCUCGCUCGCCUCGUCGUCGGGCUCCGACAAGGAAGACAAUGGGAAGCCCCCGUCCUCCGCCCCGUCCCGGCCCAGACCCCCGCGGAGGAAGCGGAGAGAGUCCACCUCGGCCGAAGAGGACAUCAUUGAUGGAUUUGCCAUGACCAGCUUUGUCACUUUUGAAGCGCUGGAGAAAGAUGUAGCACUUAAGCCUCAGGAACGUGUGGAGAAACGCCAGACCCCUCUGACCAAGAAGAAACGAGAAGCACUUACCAACGGCCUGUCCUUUCAUUCCAAGAAGAGCAGACUCAGCCACCCACACCACUACAGCUCGGAUCGAGAAAAUGACCGCAAUCUCUGCCAGCACCUUGGGAAGAGAAAGAAAAUGCCUAAAGGACUCAGGCAGCUCAAGCCAGGCCAGAACAGCUGCAGGGACAGUGACAGUGACAGUGCCAGUGGAGAAUCCAAGGGCUUCCACAGGAGCAGCUCUCGGGAAAGGCUCAGCGAUAGUUCAGCUCCUUCCAGCUUGGGAACAGGCUACUUCUGUGACAGUGACAGUGACCAGGAAGAGAAGGCAUCAGAUGCCAGCUCUGAAAAACUCUUCAAUACUGUUAUUGUAAACAAAGAUCCGGAGUUAGCUGUUGGCACGCUCCCGGAACAUGACAGCCAGGAUGCAGGGCCGAUUGUCCCCAAGAUAUCGGGUCUAGAGAGAAGCCAGGAGAAGAGCCAGGACUGUUGCAAAGAGCCGAUCUUUGAGCCCCUGGUGCUUAAAGACCCCUGCCCUCAGGUCCCUCAGCCGCUGCCCCAGCCCCAGGCGGAGCCCCAGCCACGAGGUCCUUCUCCAGACCCCGACCUGGUGCAGCGCACAGAGGCCCCGCCUCAGCCCCCACGUCCAAGCACACAGCCACCACAGGCGCCCCCAGAGGCCCAGCUUCAGCCCACCCCUCAGCCUCCAGUGCAGAGGCCACCGAGGCCGCAGUCCCCCGCCCAGCUGCUCCAUCAGAGCCUCCCGCCCGUGCAGGCCCACCCCUCGUCCCAGAGCCUCUCCCAGCCAUUGUCAGCCUACAACAGCAGUAGCUUAAGCCUCAACAGCUUAAGCAGUAGCAGAAGCAGCACUCCAGCGAAGACUCAGCCCGCCCCUCCUCACAUCUCUCAUCACCCCUCGGCCUCCCCGUUCCCCCUCGCACUGCCCAACCACAGCCCCCUGCACAGCUUCACGCCCACCCUCCAGCCCCCUGCACACUCACAUCACCCCAAUAUGUUUGCCCCUCCCACGGCUUUGCCUCCUCCACCGCCUCUGACUUCAGGGAGUCUGCAGGUCCCCGGACACCCGGCCGGAAGCACUUACUCAGAGCAAGACAUCUUGCGACAGGAACUGAACACACGUUUUCUGGCCUCUCAGAGCGCUGACCGUGGGGCGUCCCUGGGCCCUCCGCCCUACCUGCGGACCGAGUUCCACCAGCACCAGCACCAGCAUCAGCACACGCACCAGCACACACACCAGCACACCUUCACGCCGUUCCCCCACGCCAUCCCGCCCACCGCCAUCAUGCCGACGCCAGCACCUCCCAUGUUUGACAAAUACCCUACAAAAGUUGACCCAUUCUACCGGCACAGUCUCUUCCAUUCCUACCCUCCUGCAGUAUCGGGCAUCCCCCCUAUGAUUCCACCCACUGGCCCUUUUGGUUCACUACAAGGAGCAUUUCAGCCGAAGACAUCCAACCCUAUCGAUGUUGCUGCUCGACCCGGGACAGUCCCACACACUCUGCUCCAAAAGGACCCGAGGUUGACAGAUCCUUUCAGACCUAUGUUAAGGAAACCAGGGAAGUGGUGUGCUAUGCAUGUUCACAUCGCCUGGCAGAUCUACCACCACCAACAGAAAGUCAAGAAACAGAUGCAGUCAGACCCACAUAAGCUGGACUUCGGAUUGAAACCCGAGUUUCUGAGCCGCCCCCCAGGCCCCAGCCUCUUUGGAGCCAUCCACCACCCCCAUGACCUGGCCCGGCCUUCAACUUUGUUCUCUGCUGCUGGUGCUGCACACCCAACCGGGACCCCUUUUGGGCCACCCCCCCAUCACAGCAACUUCCUUAACCCUGCCGCUCACCUGGAGCCUUUUAACCGUCCGUCUACGUUCACUGGCCUCACAGCUGUUGGUGGCAAUGCCUUCGGGGGACUCGGAAAUCCUUCAGUUACACCCAACUCAAUGUUCGGCCACAAGGAUGGCCCCAGUGUGCAGAACUUUAGCAACCCUCACGAACCCUGGAACCGGCUACACCGAACGCCUCCGUCGUUCCCGACCCCUCCGCCCUGGCUGAAGCCAGGGGAGCUGGAGCGUAGCGCGUCCGCUGCAGCUCAUGACAGAGAUAGAGAUGUAGAUAAACGAGACUCAUCUGUUAGUAAAGAUGACAAAGAAAGGGAAAGUGUUGAAAAAAGACACUCCAGCCACCCUUCACCAGCACCUAUCCUCCCGGUGAGCACCUUGGGACAUAACCGUAGCUCCACUGAACAGAUCAGGGGUCAUUUGAACACUGAGGCUCGUGAGAAAGACAAAUCCAAAGAGAGGGAGAGAGACCACUCGGAAUCCCGCAAGGACCUGACCGCCGACGAGCACAAGGCGAAGGAGGGCCACCUGCCCGAGAAGGACAGCCACGGCCACGAGGGGAGAGCUGUGGGCGAAGAGGCCAAGCAGCUGGCCCGGGUGCCAUCGCCCUAUGUGCGGACCCCCGUCGUGGAGAGUGCCAGGCCCAACAGCACCUCAAGCCGCGAGGCCGAGCCGCGCAAGAGCGAGCCAGCCUACGAGAACCCCAAGAAGAGCUCUGAGGUCAAGGUGAAGGAGGAACGCAAAGAAGACCACGACCUGCCUCCGGAGGCCCCACAGACCCACCGGUCUUCGGAGGCGCCUCCUCCAAACUCCUCGUCCAGUGUGCACCCGGGGCCCCUGGCGUCGAUGCCCAUGACGGUGGGGGUGACAGGCAUUCACCCCAUGAACAGCAUCAGCAGCCUGGACAGGACUCGCAUGAUGACUCCUUUCAUGGGCAUCAGUCCCAUCCCGGGCGGAGAGCGGUUCCCGUACCCUUCUUUCCACUGGGACCCCAUACGGGACCCUUUGAGGGAUCCCUACCGAGAACUUGACAUUCACCGGAGAGACCCGCUGGGCAGGGACUUCCUGCUGAGGAACGACCCUCUCCACCGUCUCUCGACUCCCCGGCUGUACGAAGCCGAUCGCUCCUUCAGGGACAGGGAGCCUCACGACUACAACCAUCACCACCACCACCACCACCACCCUCUGUCCGUGGACCCUCGGCGGGAACACGAGCGCGGGGCGCACCUGGACGAGCGGGAGCGCUUGCACAUGCUCAGAGAAGACUAUGAGCACACGCGGCUCCACUCGGUGCACCCCGCCUCCCUGGAUGGCCACCUGCCGCACCCCAGCCUCAUCACCCCAGGGCUCCCCAGCAUGCACUACCCCCGGAUCAGCCCCACAGCGGGACACCAGAACGGACUGCUCAACAAGACCCCUCCGACGGCCGCGCUGAGCGCGCCCCCGCCGCUCAUCUCCACGCUGGGGGGCCGCCCCGUCUCGCCCCGAAGGACUACUCCUCUGUCGGCAGAGAUGAGGGAGAGGCCUCCUUCCCACACUCUGAAGGAUAUUGAAGCUCGGUAAGGAGAGACGGACCCGAGAGAGGAAGGAGAAGCUCUACACCAACAUGACGCAGACUUGAGAGAGAGAGAGAACGGACCGCUACCACAGACUGGGGGCCACGAGCCCCUGCCUCCUCCCCUUGUAAAAAAUGUAUAGACUCAGUGCAGAUUUUGAAAUGGUUUUUGUAUAUUAUAUGUUGAAAUUUUUCAGAUCUUUUAGCCAAGUCCUAUGUUCUCAUGUCCCCAACUCCUUUGGUUUCUCGUAUAAAACUUUUUUGAUUUGAACCAAAACAGUGAAGAUGACAGACACACACCGACGCGGCGGUAACUGGGGAGAGAGCAACAGCAGUUGCACACGAGGCAGCAUGUGGGGCUCCUUCGGAAGGAAGGGAAGGCCGUGUACAUAGUUAUGUAAAAAAAAAAACAAAAACAAAAAAAAAACAUUGCUUCGUGAGCUAAUGGUUCAUAUAUGCAAAGGGUAAGAUGAAAGCUUUACUUUGUACAAAUGUAAAUAGAUAAAGAGUAAGUAACAUAAUACAUUAAUACUUCUUAAAAUGUGCUAUUUGCAAACUUAAUAUGAGCGAGCGCGGUCGGCUGUGGCUGUGUUCCCAUAUAUCGUUCUAGACAGCUAAACCCUUCAACUAUGCAAUGAAUGUUAGGGCUUCUCUCGAAAGCCCUCCUGACUCAAAGGAGCCUUUUCAAAUCCAUUUACAACAUACUUAAGGUCAUAUUUUCCCUGAACAAGCGCUUACGUGAUAUGACUCUGUUUUCCUUGCUUGUUUUUUCAAACGGAGGAACCUCCUAUUUUGCAAAUCGGACCCCAGGCUGAAAACUUGGCUUCCGAAGUUGUCGCUUGUGGGCCGCGGUGGUGGGGGGUGGAGUGGGGAGGGGAAGGGGGGGAGACCAAGGGCAGGACAGCCAGUGCCAGGGGAGGAUGGGAGUUGUCAGAUGCCAAAAUCAGGGGACACACAGGCCGCCAAGCAUCUCGUCACCAUCAGUCACGUGAUUUCACACACACCUCAUGUGGGAGCCAUGCUUUUUUUUUUAGUGUGUCCUAGUCCCUAUCUGUACACACCCUCCUCGUUUGGUAACGAGAGGUGGUUACACCCAAACAAAUCCUGAAAGAAAGCUUCACGUUUUCUCAGAUGAUGGAUAUGUUUUUCACUGUCCUCGGUAACUGGUGGAUCGAAGGUGGCGCAUCUGCUCAUGUGGCUCGCUGGGCUCCCAUUGGUAAGAAAGUCUGGGAAGAGCCGCAACAGGUCGAUCGGGCGCCGCCAUGGAGAGUCCCAGAGGGCGAACAGUGGCGGAGACAGUCUUGUGUGUGCGUGUGGUUUUUAAGUUCGCAUCAACCUUAAUGUGUCUUCAUAAUACUUUUAUAAUACAUUAAGCCUCUUGUCUACAUAUUUGGAGAGAAUAUGACUUUACUAGCAGAGAAAUAACACUAUAUCUUGUCUACUGGACUGUAAAAUAUAUGUAUGAAAUAAAAUUAGUUCCAUUGGGUCUUCUAGUAUAUUAAAGUGCUAUCUGAUGUUGUUAUCCUGUUUUUGCAAAAAAGAAAAAAAAAGUUAACUACAGACCAUUGUUUCUAAUAAGCAGAGAGAUCUAUUUUAGUAGUAAACUGAAGGUUUAGUGGUGAGCUUCAGAUUUUGUGAACUCC